ACGGGACGGUAUGUUGGAUGUGCCACGUCCUCAGGCAAAUGUAAUGACAAUGGAACCCACAUGUGUACGUCCCCAGUUUCGCCGUAUUCUUCGUACUCUUUUCUGCACUCGUUUGUAUCAUACAGUUCGUCAUAUCACGAAUCAUGACUGGCCAGCCAGUCCCUACUCCUCUUAGAGAGAAGAAACCCAUACUAUGCAUCGAUGACAUCAAGAAAGUUGCCGACAAGAAACUCUCAGAGAUCGUCAGAGAGUUUUAUAAUUCAGGUUCCCGCGAGCAAGUCACUGUCCACGAGAAUACUUCUGCAUAUCGAAAAUACCGCCUGCGCCCACGCGUCCUCGUCGACGUCUCCCACGCGGAUCCUAGCACCAUACUUUGGAACCGCUCGAUCACCUUUCCAUUAUGCAUCUCACCUGCCGGCCUCCAGGCCAUGGCACAUCCAGAUGGUGAGCUGGCCACCACCCGCGCCUGUGCUGCGCGCGGCAUCAACAUGGCCGUGUCCUCCUUCGCAAACUACAGUGUAGAAGACAUCCGCGCCGCCAGCUCAGACAUCGGCCCGAUUGACCACGCAAUGCAGCUGUACACGCUGCGCGACAGAGAUUUGCAGCUGCGCAUGAUAAAGCGCGCUGAGGCCGCGGGCUGCAAGGCCAUCUUCCUGACCGCAGACAGCGCAGUACUAGGCAUGCGGUAUCAUGAGCACCGAUACGACUUCCGCAGUCCUGCAGGGCUGGAGUAUCCGAAUAUUGAAAUCACGAGCUCGGAGAUGCGCCGGACCACGCAUGAGGGAGCGGCCACUGGGAUGACGUCGGACGCGCAUUCGUGGGUGCGGGAGGUGCCGUGGCUGAGGAGUGUAUGUGGAAUGGAGGUUUGGAUCAAGGGCGUGUUGACAGCAGAGGAUGUUGAGCUAGCGGCUGAGUAUGGGUGUGAUGGAGUGGUAGUAAGCAACCAUGGAGGCAGGCAGCUCGAUGGGGUUGUGGCGACGAUCGACGCGUUACCGGAGUGUGUGAAGGCAGCGAGGGGGAGGUUGAGAGUACAUGUUGACGGAGGAAUCAGGACUGGGGCGGAUGUCUUUAAGGCGUUGGCAUUAGGCGCAGAGUGUUGUUGGAUUGGAAGACCGGUGAUAUGGGCACUUGCGUAUGAUGGCGAAGCUGGCGUUAAGAAAAUGCUUGACCUGCUGUACGCAGAGUUCAAGGCGUGUAUGCAAUUAACUGGCUGCAAUAGUAUUGCGGAUAUUACGACAGCGUCUCUAGGAAUCGUUAGAAGUGACGGGCCCAUUGCACGCCUGUAGAACGUUGGCAGUAUAUAGGCAUAGCAUUGCAGAUUUUCACCUCACCAGAGUGUUUCCAGAGCUCUAUACCUCUGCGUUCUAGCAUAUAGGUAGACUUUUAGAUAUCACUUUCCU